UUAGCUACUGGGCGUCUUACAUGCCCGUCUACAGUUUAAAAAAAAUAAAAUGGAAGGAUAAUUUUUUUAAUAUCUUAUGCCAAAAUGAAAAUGGCUCUUGUCCUUUACUAGCCAUUUGUAACAUAUUAAUCUUGAGAAGUCAGCUGAGGUUACCAAGAGAUACCAAUAGCGUAACAGACGAAGUUUUAUAUUCAUUAUUAGUUGAUCUAUUAAACUGCAUCAUGUCAAGGCAAUCUAGCAGUGCUUUUCAAUUGCGCAUUUCUGAUUGCCUUGAAAUUUUUCCUCAACUGCAGACGGGUUUAGAUGUGAAUGUUAAAUUUUCAAAGGUUACAGGUUUUGAGUUCACUCGCCAACUUGAAAUCUUUGAUGUUUUUGGAAUUAAACUCUAUCAUGGAUGGCUUCCUGAUCCUGAAACAGACGCCGGCGCUUCUUUGUUAGAAAAUCUCUCCUAUAAUCAAGCUGUAGAAAAGCUUUUACUUCUUCAAAGCGAAGAUUCCACCGAGGAGGAAAAACUUGAGGGGGCACUUCUAGAGCUUUUCUUUCAAAGUUACCCAACCCAGCUGACUCCCUAUGGACUUCUCCAGCUUACCAUAGAACUGCCUGAGGAGGAGCUGGUGGUGUUCUUUCGAAACAACCAUUUUAGCGUUCUUUAUAAGAUGGGAGGAAAGUUGCAUGCCCUCGUAACUGACCAAGGGUACCUUCACCAGCCUGUCGUUUGGGAGACUUUAGAAGACGUUUUUGGCAGAGCCACCGCUCUUUUGGACGGGAAUUUGGUGCCUUACAUGGAAAAGGAGCUCGACGUUCUUCAACAAAAAUCUGACUUUAAAUACGCUAAAGAGCUUCAAGAAAAAGAGUAUGCGUCUGAAACCCGCCUUAAGAACAGCACGGGAGUGACGCGGUCAACAUUCGGUGCUCCCGCUGAGAAGGCGAAGCAGGACGUCAAAGUUAAGAAUUCUGACUUGAGUCACAGUCAACUCUGCUCUUUGGUUUAAGCCGAUGCCAAACAGAGUUUCCGUCAAAUAUUAUCCCCCUUU